GGCUUCAUUCCGCUUUGCGCUGUUGUUCCAUGCGCCUCGCUAGAAGAGAAGAGCUUUUCAGUCCAAUUGAACAGUUCCAAAGCACUCAGCAUUUACGUACUUGUACGUGUAUAUGUGCAAGCUGUUCAAACUGUGUGCGCGCGUGUGUGAGUGUGCCAAUGUAUUGGUGUGCUUGGGUGCUCGUGUCUAACGCGUAACGAAAGCGAAAGUUUUGUUUGCGCGCGUGUUGCCAACAGACGCGUCUAUCUCCAAUAAUUGCAUACACGUCGCAGUCGCAGUCGCAGUCACAGCGAGCGUCGCAGCCUGCGUCGCAUUUGUCAUUGUUGUUGGCGGUGAGACUAUCUAGAAGGGAAUAGAUUAGAAGCGUGUGAAAACAACAAGAAUGCUCAUUAGUUUCAAUGAGCGUGCAAUAAAUUAAAUAAAACGUGUUUAUGCUGUGCGUGUGCAUAUCCGUGAGCUAGUGCGUGCCUGUGCGUGUGUAUUAGUGUGCGGUCGCCAAACAGCUGUUAAGCGAGAACAACGGCAAACGCAUACAUUCCUGCAUCACUUACUGCUAAACGAUUCUGAAACAAACCAACGGUUCGAAUGGCGCCUACCGUCUGCUCGGAGAAGAAGGUGCGCUUGGCGGCCAUCAAGGAGGGGCGACGGCGGAACAACAUGAGCGCGGCGCAGGCAAAUGCUUCCACGUCGGCAGCUGGUGCUGGAGCUGGAGCUGAGAUGACACCGAGCAGAACUGAGCUGAGCUACGCCAUCAAGAGUUCGACGAACUCAAUAAAUCGCGCACAACGCCGACGUGGGAUCGCAUUGCUGCCAACGGGCGCCAAAAGUGUGGCAUCGUCUUCGAGUGCUGCUGGACUUGAACUGGAAAGUGAGAGGACAUCAAAGCAGGCUGAGCAUGUGGAGCGCAUGGAGGUGGAUGGCGUUUAUAAUAAGACGAGCACGUACUCAGCGCACACACAUUCCAGCAGCACCUACAACAACAAUAUCAAAACAGUAUUACAACCAACAAUGGCCAACAACAACAGCAACAACAGCAACAACAGUAACAGCAGCAACUGCAGUGGAAGCAGCAAAACAACAACAGCCAAACAUUGUGAUCAUGCCUCAGGCAUAGGUGAGGAUAAGGAGGACGAUGACGAGGACGGGGACGGGGACGAUGAGGAGGAGGAUCAGGGCGAUGGCGACAGCGGCUACGAGUUCGCCCUGGAGCCCAUCAAGCCGCCGAAUCCACAGCAACAGUAUCACGCACACAACCAGGGCCUGCUGUCCAUAGCCAUCAAGACGAUAAAGCUGGUGCAGCGCAACAAGCUGCUGCAGAAGCGCUUGGCUCAGCUGCAGCUGGAGACGUCCGAGUUCAUUGCCUCGGUGCUGGCCAAUCCCGAGAAUCGGCACUUUCGUGAGAAAAUCACGGCCAAAACAGACGCGGCCAAUAAAGUGAGCAACGUUCUGCUGCGUCACUAAGCGACAAAUAAUACAAAUAAAAAAAUGCUGCAUACUUUUGGGCGGCAGCUAAAAAUGCCGUAUUCCGAUAUGUCACAGCAAUCAAAUGAGACUCCUGAACUUGUUGUUGGGUCUGUUGGAAGCAUAUGAUAAAAAUACAUUGGAUUGAUAAUUAAAAAUAUAUAAAUAGAUUUCCUUUUGUGUUUUUUGUAUUCAUUGUUUAUCGAAAUCGAAAUUGAUUGCUGCGACACGGAACUGAGCUGAGUUUCGAGCAAUUUGUACUGAUUACAUUUAUAAAUUAACAAAAUGUAAGUUAAAUAUUUGAUUAAACACAAACAUAUAAGAAGAAGAAAAAAAUACAUAAACAUAUACAUGAAAAAUAUUUAUGAAACAAAUGAAAAGUCAAGAAUGAAACUAAUUUUAUAUAGUCCCUAAGUACGUUUAUGUUCAACAUUUUUGUACAUCCUAAAAAUUUAUUUAUAUGAAAAUCAUAUUUGACGAUAAUCGACUAAAAAUACUUAGGUUUCUAAUGAGCAAACCCAACCGGCAUAAUCAUUUUGCUUUUGGCUAUAAACGGCAAAUACUUGCAUUAACAUAUACAAUUUAAAUGCAAAGCAAUUGAUUUAUUAAACUUAGCUUAGCAAAUCACUAUACGUAACUAAAUGAUCGUCAGAAAAAAUAUAUAACUAUCUAUGAAUAAAUAUCAUUGAUUCAAAUUGUAAGCCAAGCGUAAGCUAUUCGGAUCGUCGAGAACUACAUUCAUACCCCAUGUAUUUAGAUUAAAAUUCGAAAACAUUUAUCAACUGCAUUUUCUACUUACCUAAAUGUUAUGAUUAUUAUAUUAGACUAGCGUGUAGAGAACCGACAUGAAUCGUGAAACAGAUUUCUAAUAAAAUGCAAACAUUUUACAACACAAAA